AUGUGGAAAUUCGCUGGCAUCUUAUUCAUCCCAUUUUUCAUUCGAGGAAUUUCUGGGUUAACACCAGAAUCAAAACUUCGCUGGUUGCCUCCUUUAUACCAUGAUUGGAGAAAAAUCGAUAUUCCAUUGGAUGUAAAAAUGUAUUGGGAAAAUCGAUGGGCAAAAGCGUUUUUUGCGAAAGGAUGUUCGCAUUCGGAUAAUUUUAAGGUUAGUAAAAUCUAAGUUUAGGCUCGGAUUUAUAACUUCCCUAGAUCCUAAAAUUGGUCGAUAGAAAAGAGCUCUUAAGAAAAAUGUUCUGGAGGCGCUGACACUUGGUAUUUCUUUCCUCGAGGCACUUUUUUUGCAGAUAAUUCCAGUAUAUUAUUGGCCAGGUGAUCGAGUUGAUCUAACUUGUCGAAUGUGUCAUUUAGCAAAUAUAAUGAAUGGACGAAUGAAAAGAUGGGGAUAUUCAUCCGAAAUUGAAGAAUUUCUUCGAAAUCCAAUACAAUUAGUAAGAGUUAAUGAGAAUUGGAAAACACUUGAGAAUUCGAAACGAAAAUUUGAUCAGAAUAUUUAUACGCCUGAUAUUAGUUCAGUUGUGGAUGCACCGAUCAGAAAAAUAUUGAAAGAUGAGAUUUUGUAUUGGCAGAAUGAGGGAAAAUUGACGAUUUUUAAUGUGAGUUUUGUGAACUUCACACUGUUAUUGCAAUUUGAAUAUUUUCACAGAGUGAUGUGAGUAAUCAAGGAAUAUAUUUUUGUUAUGAUCCCGAAUCAAAAAAGAACACACAUUAUUUCUAUCUGUUAAUGGCAAUGUUACCACCAAUUAAAAUCGCCUCAUCAAAACCAACUUUUAUAAAUGAUAAUUGUGGAUAUGAUUCAGGAAAUGAUGAUGAUAUAAUUGGACCAUCACAUAAUUGGAAAUAUCAUUUUAUGCCAAUGGCUAGUUUAUAUCCACCUCAAAGUUGUUUAUCGAAAAAAGAAAACGAUUGUGAAAAAUAUUAUGAUUAUUUGAAUAAGACAAAUUAUCCCAAAAAUUUUGAUGAGGAUUGUGGAUUGGAAAAUUGUCGAGCUCAAUUAAUUGGACCUCAUAAUGAAAUUAUUGAUAUGUUUAUUGAAAUGAGAUGGGAUGAGUAUACAAGUUGUGAAGGUUUGAACUACUUUUGGGUAGGGGAAGAAUGUGAAAAAACGUUCUAGUUUUCAAAAGCAGACUCUUAAAAACUACAUUUUUUGAAUAAAUUUUGCUGAUGGGAUUUUUUCAUAACUCCAACUCCCUCGUUAGGAAAAUCGGAAUCGAAACAUUUGCCCAAAAAAUUCCAAAAAACCAUAUCGAUUUCUAGCGUUAAUUUUUAAUAUUUUUAAAGAGUAGUUUUUGUUUUUGAAAAAAAACUAGAUUUUUGGGCCUAGAUUUUGAUGAGUUGGCCUAAAUUUUAUCAAUUUUUAAAGAUUUUUUUCAUAAUUUUCAUACAUUUUUCAAAUUUUAGAGAAUUUUUAUCGUUUUUUUCAAUUUUUCCGAAAUCCCUCCCCAAAAAACUCACCAAUCGCUUCUAUUUCAAACAUCAUCGAAUAUCCCAAUCGAAAUUCUUGAGAAAUCCUCCGAGUUUUCCAUGUUAUUGACAUUGAAUUCCAAUUGUUCAUCAAUAUUUCAAGCUGAAAAUAAGAAAAUUUGAAUUUUUCAUGUACCAUUGAGUUCUACUAACUUCAUGUAUGUUUCUAUAGAUUUCUGACGGUUUUCUGGGUCUCACAACAAUUUUCCAGCUAUUUAUUCAAUAAUCGUUGUCCUCACAUUCAAAAUCAUUUUUGAUCCUGAAAACUCAAAAAUUUCAAUCGAAACAGUGUUUUUUCUCUAGAAAAAACCCACCUUUCUUCGAUUUCGAUAAUCGAUCGGAUUUUCCUUUAAAAGCGAUAAUUCCAGCCUUGAUAAUUCCAGAACAUCUAAAAAUUCAUUUUUUUUACUGAAAUCCAUUGAUUAUCCCCCGAAAAGUGAAAACCCAGCGAAAAAAAAACGAAAAAUGAAAAUAUUCUCGUGUUGCGCUAAACAGCGGGCAAGCGGGAGUGUCGUUGUAAAUUCAAUAAAUUUUCUAUUUUUGUGCCAACAUUUGGAGAGAAUCUCAGGGUUCCCAGCUGUUAUACUUUUUAUGUGGUCCUUUCUCAAAGUCAAAGGAGGUUCCCAUUUUGAAAAAAAAUCCCUGAAGUUACAAUAAGCUUGUUAGUGUUCCAUAAAUUGCAGCGCUCAAACCCUCAAAAAAAAAAGAAUAAAUAAAAAGAAAAUUCAUAAAAACUCCUUCAAACCCUCUUCAUUUCAUUUUCUAGGUGAACAAGCUACAAAACGCCGUGAAGCGCAUUGUUAUCUAAAACGUGGAACCGAUUCAUUGAACUAUGUAACAUUGAGCAAAAAAUUCGAUUGGCUCGAAAAUCUCGAUAUAUUAUUGAGUCGAUCUCCAUUUAAUGAUGAAGGUGUUCGAUUAUUCAGUUCUGUUGUAACUUCGGCUAUUUUUAAAACUCAAAAAAUCACGGCAUGUUAUAGUGCAGAGAAUAAAGAUGGAUAUAUUCGAGUGAGUUGUGGGGUUACUGUAGCCCGUAGUUGCAUAUCUUACUUUCUUUUGCACAACAAUCUUUUGAAAAGCCAAUACUUUCUUGAUUUCCAUUCUCAGAUACAGUAAUACAAAUUGCAAAAAAUAUAGCUACAGUAAUCCUAUAAGGAAAUACUAUAUUAUAUUUUGAGAACAUCUUCAAAAAUUCAAAUACUCCGAUACAGUAUCCUAAAUAUUUCCAAAAUUUUUGCAGUUCGACGAAGUCUGGCGCCAAGUUUUUCUUCGAUCAAUGGGCGUAAAAGAAAAAGGAAACAUGAAUCAGCUCAAAAAUCCUUUUGAAGCAUGUAUCAGGUAGGCUUAAGAUUUCAAGACAAAAAAAAAGAAAAAUUGUUUUCAGAUACGGUAGAGAAGAAGAGGAACACAUUCAAGGAACAUAUUCGUUUCAAGUCGAAUAUUGUUGA